GUGAGGUCAGCGCUCACAACUGGCGCAGCGCAACGAACACUCCUCAUCGCCCACCAUGACCUCCUACCUGAGCUCGCUCAUCUGGGGCACCUCCCAGGUCGAUGAUGCAGUCGACAAGGCGACCUCGGAGCUGCUGCCGUCUGGCACCGAGGACAUCGCCCUCAGCCUCGAGAUCAGCGACCAGAUACGAUCCAAGUCUGUCUCGCCGAAAGAUGCUAUGCGUGCUCUCAAGCGUCGUCUGAACCACAAGAAUCCUAAUGUGCAACUCCUUGCACUGGGCGUACUUGACGAUACGUGUGUCAAGAACGGCGGCGACCAGUUUCUCCAGGAAGUUGUGACACGCGAGUUCAUGGACAAUUUCGUCAGCAUCCUGAAGAUGCCUGCUCUCAACCACGAUGUCAAGGACAAGAUAUUGAGGCUCGUCCAGAACUGGGCUCUGGCGUUUGAGGGCAAACCUAGCCUCGGCUAUGUCGGUGAGGUCUACAGGACGUUGCAACAUGAAGGGUUUACGUUCCCUCCACGCGACCCCGCCGCGACUAGUUCUGCCAUGGUUGACACGCAGACAGCUCCUGAAUGGAUCGAUUCAGAUGUUUGUCUGCGCUGUAGAACGCCGUUUACGUUCACGAAUCGCAAGCAUCACUGCAGGAACUGCGGUCAGGUCUUUGAUCAACAAUGCUCGUCGAAGACCCUUCCUCUGCCGCACUUCGGGAUAACACAAGAAGUCCGAGUCUGCGACACUUGCUACAACAAGCUGCAUAAGAAGGCUACCAAGAACCACCGUCCUUCUCAGAGUGUGUCUGGCUCUCGCCAUCGUGCGGCCCGGGAUCUCUAUGAUGCAGAACUACACCGAGCCAUUCAGCUCUCCCUUGAAGAAGUUGGCGCCGCUGGUGGUCGUCGGCCAGGGUAUGUUCCGUCCCCUUCAUCGUGGCAGUCCUCAGAGCCACCGUUGGUGGACCGCCGUACGCAUCCUUCCACUGCGGCAUCACGCUCUCAAGAGGAGGAGGAGGACCCAGAUCUCAAAGCUGCAAUUGAGGCCAGUCUACGCGAAGCGAACGCUCCAAGGCCCAGCGCACCGGUCGUCAUCGAUACGCCUUCACAGGAGCAGCCUGGUGUUUACAAUAACGGGUAUGGUUUCCCAUCCUCGUAUCCUCCCUCGGCAGCGACGCCGAAGCCGAGGGCACCGAGUCUUCCGAACUAUGACCUCGAACCGUUGGAGGCAGACGCUAUCAUGACCUUCAACCAAACAGUGGAGCAAGUUCAGACGCAAGGGAUUACCGAUGUCUCGAGAUAUCCCGCGGUGACGGAGUUGUAUGACAAGGCGAAUGGAUUGAGGCCGAAGCUAGCGAUGAGCCUGAGUGAUACAGGGCGCAAAGAGCAGUUGCUCCAAGAGAUGCACGAGAAACUGUCCCAAGCAGUCAAGCUCUACGACAACCUGCUGACUCAACAAGUCUCUCGACCAACUUGGCAACAGGCUUCGACGAGCUAUCAGCAAGCUAAUGGAUAUACUCCUCAGUAUCGAACAGCGGAGCCCGUUUACAGUCAGUGGAAUCCACCUCAGCCGCAACAGCAGAUCACUCCAUUACCUUACCUUAGUCGCGACCAACCGGUCACUAACGGGGCGUAUGUAACGUCGCCUACGGCAGAAACACCGCCUCAACCGAUGUAUCAACCAUCGUACCAAUCGCCACAGAUGAUCACAUCUCAGCAACCGUACUCUCACUCGUCGUAUGCGCAGGCUGCACCUGCGAGUCCUGUGCCGGUCACCAUCCCCCAGUACGGUGCUCCUCCGCCGGCGCCUCCUACCGCUACUGCGUCCGUCCCGGUUCCUCAAGUCGCAUCCCCAUCUUCCUCCUCCCCUGCUCUCCAAUCGUCGUUGACGCGGUCCCACACUGUCGCUUCGCACUACCGUCCUUCGGACCAACAGGCGCAAGCGUACAUCCACCGACACAGCACGAUGUCGCACCCCCAGGAGCAGUUGCAACAACUGCAGCAGCUCGCGGCGCCGCCUCAGCUGCCUAACUUCCCUGCAGUGCCGACGGGUUCUCCCCAGACGUAUGCGGCGUAUGGUCAGCCAAUACAUGCGGAGCCGGAAAGAAAGGAAGCGUUGUUGAUCGACUUGUAACGGACCAUUCUGUACCGCUGUGGAUGUAUGGUUAUAUGUAUAUGGCUGCUAGACGAUGGAGUUCCAACAUGUGUUAUCUUAGGAAUUCGUAUGAAUUUGAAGCAUGGGCGAGUUUGGGCCCUGAGCAACGUAGCAUCCCA